UUCCAGUACCUGGGGAGACUUCCGCAUCCAAAUUCUUCUAUUUGCUAAUGUCAACGAACAUCGGUAUACGCAUGACUUUUACGAUAUAACCUCCCUAAAUAGACGACAAUGCGAUUUGUAAUGCCUUCACAGAGUUUGUGGGACCUUUCGGGAGACGUUUUCAUUAUUAAAGCCAAGAAAACUAUUGCUCCAGCGAACGUGGAUCAUGUUCCUGCAUGAUAAUAUGCUAAUUGCCAAUAACAUCUUAUUGGUGCGGUCGAACCAAUCCUCAUAAAGAGCGUGGCAAUAUCCCAGUAUCAACAAGUCGCUCGACGUGGACUAAAUUUGUACAGCUGCGGACGUGUACGUGCGAAAUCAACCGAGUGAGGGGUUGCAUUCAGGAAAUAUCUGAAACUUUGCUGAAGGUUGCUUUGCAUAUAAAUUCGAGCCAUCCUCUCAGUCAAGAAAAGUUGAUCUUCAGAGUUGCGAUUCUUGUGCUUGAAAAUAUGGCUUGUCGAGGCAAAUUUGACAACAUGGCUCCUGUAUUUUCUUCCAAAAGAGAAAAAAGAAAGGAACAAUUCAAUAACAUGAUGGCGAAAAGGUUUGGAUCAAAUGGCAGAGAUGUGGCGGCCGAGCUGCGCACUAUUGCGGACGCCUUGGAAGAAACUCUCGAGUUCCAGCGUUUGAUGGGCAAAAGACAGAGAACUGAAGAUCCAGAGGAUCGACCCCUUUCGCAACUAGCGGAUCUAGAAUCAAAGGGCGACAAAGUAAAUGGCGUGCUUGACGACCACACAACCCGACUACCAACGCCAUCUCAAGAGAGGUCUAUGUCUAGAGAUUCCCUACGUCGUACCAAUCGGUCGGCAAACCUCAACGGAACGCAUGAUGGGCAAUCCGAUCCUAGAUCAUAUGGAAGAAGUGCUGCGGAACUUCUACCACUGAAUAGACAUUUUUCCGAAAGCGACGUUCCUCAUGAAAUUGUGCGCCCAAGCUCCGCGCAACCAGGUCGCUCAAUGACGCCGCAACCCGCUAGGGCAGCAACUUUUUCCUCUAUUAGAUCAAUGUCCCCACAGCCAGCCCCAACGAGUAUACAUUUCCCCUAUCGUUCAGAAAUUCGGCAACAUAGUCAGCCACCGUAUGCUCGUUAUCCAGGCUAUACAUCUAUCGUCGCUCGAGGUGGUCAAGAUCGGCAUCGCAGUCGACCACCACCCCCUCAGCGCUUGUACGAAGUACCUGAUCCCCCGCAAACAUACAGUUUUGAUGUUCCUCCGCAACUUGACCCGAAUCCAUAUUACCGACCCCAAAUUACGUCCCCUGCUGAACGUGCUUCCCGAAGGGACCGUUUUGCUCGAAUGUCCGAAGAACGUAGGGGAAGAAGAAUGGAGCCUACUAUAAGGUCAAAGCAGCACGAGACGAUUUAUCAGGUUGAUUCGAAUAUUAUUGAGCGAGAGUAUGAUCCCGAGAAAGACGAAGAUGCUGAAUCUAUCGGAUCCUUGGAUCAUGUCCAGUCGUUCGCAUCACCUCAAACAAUCAAACCUCAGAACAAAGUGACUUGGAAUGGGUCAUUCAGAUGA